AUGACAGACCCUCCAGCAGACAAGAAGCUUUACGUCAACGCUGAAGAUGCACGAUCGUUCGUAACCUCAGUUCUGGUCGGUAAUGGCGUCGCGCCUGAGAACGCGAGCAUCGUUGCCAAAUGCCUCGUAGCAGCCGACCUCCGCGGCGUCGACACCCAUGGCAUGAACAGAAUCCCGUCAUACAUGGAGCGCGUCCGCCAAGGAGUCUUGAACAGUGCAGCAAUACCUACUCUCACCCAAGUAACGCCAGUGGUCACCCAAGUCGACGCCAACAAUGGCUUCGGCUUUCUUGCCGCAGACGCCGGCAUGGCUGCGUGCAUCGAAUCCGCAAAGACAUAUGGUAUUGGGAUGGCGAGCAUCAAGCAUUCGAAUCAUUUCGGUAUGAGUGCUUGGGUCGUACAGAAAGCGCUUGACGCCGAAAUGAUGAGUCUGGUGUUUACCAAUUCGAGCCCUGCGCUACCGGCUUGGGGCGGGAAGAGUAAACUGCUGGGUGUCUCGCCGAUAGCAUGUGGUGCGCCGGGGAAAGAGCAGCCUUUCGUGUUGGAUAUGGCUCCAUCGAUCGCGGCAAGAGGAAAGAUUUACAAGGCGAAGAGGAGGGGUGAGAAGAUACCGCUGGACUGGGCGCUGGACAAAGAUGGAAAGCCAACGGAUGACCCAGAAGCAGCACUUGACGGCGGUGUCAUGUUACCCAUGGGUGGACCAAAGGGCUCGGGUCUGGCUGUUAUGAUGGAUGUCUUCUCCGGCGUACUCUCCGGUUCCGCAUUCGCAGGCGACGUUACAAAUCCAUACGACCCAUCCAGACCCUCAGACGUUGGUCACUUCCUCGUCGCGGUGAAGCCAGAUCUUUUCAUGAGCUUGGACGACUUCAGGGAGAGGAUGCAGAUUCUGUAUGAUAGGGUUACCGGUGCGGAGAAGGCAGCGGGUGUGGAGAGGAUCUACUUUCCGGGCGAACUUGAGCAAUUGCAACAACAGGAAAGAGAGAAGACGGGUAUUCCGUUGGUGCAAGCGGAAGUUGAUGCGCUGAACGCGGAGGCGGAGAAGGUUGGCGCGAAACCGUUAGUUAUCACGUAG